GACGCGCUGCGCCCGGGCGGCCAUGGCCACGGGCUUCUCCUUCGGCACCAGCACUCUGGGCUCCGGCACGGUGGCCGCCGGCGGGAGCGCUCCCGGCGGCGGUUUCUCGUUCGGAACCGGCGCAUCCAGCACCCCUUCUGUGGGGCUCAACUUCGGAAAUCUUGGGAGUUCAGCCACUCCAGCAACUACAUCUGCAACUUCAGGGUUUGGAAAUGUGCUCUUUGGAUCUAAGCCUACCACUGGGUUCACUCUUGGAACAAAUACAGGAAUAGCAACAACUAUAUCUACAGGAUUAACACUGGGAACUCCAGCCACAACAUCUGCCUCUCUGACAGGUUUCAGUUUAGGUUUUAACAAGCCUUCAGCAUCUGCAACACCAUUUACUCUCCCUAUUACUUCUACCUCAGCUGGCAGUCUUAGUCUUUCGUCUUCUCUAACAUCUACUCCAGCAUCCACAGGAUUUACUCUAAAUAAUUUGGGUGGACCAGCGGCUACCACUACAACUGCAUCCACAGGCCUUUCUUUAGGGGUGGCCUUACCUGGUCUGGGAAGUUCACUUUUCCAGAAUACAAAUGCAGCAACAUCAGGACUUGAACAGAAUGCAUUAGGAUUGACUUUGGGAACUACAGCAGCUACUUCAUCUGCGGGCAAUGAAGGCCUUGGUGGCAUAGAUUUUAGUAGCUCAUCAGAUAAAAAGAGUGAUAAAACGGGAGCAAGACCAGAGGAUAGUAAAGCACUGAAGGAUGAAAAUCUACCUCCUCUUAUCUGCCAGGAUGUUGAAAAUCUCCAGAAAUUCGUGAAGGAACAAAAACAAGUACAAGAAGAAAUUAGUAGAAUGUCUUCAAAAGCAAUGCUUAAAGUACAAGAAGAUAUUAAAGCUCUGAAACAGCUUUUGUCAUUGGCUGCCAGUGGAUUACAGAGAAAUACUCUCAAUAUUGACAAAUUAAAAAUAGAAACAGCUCAGGAGUUAAAGAAUGCUGAAAUAGCUUUGAGAACCCAGAAAACACCGCCUGGACUCCAGCAUGAAAAUACAGCUCCUGCUGACUAUUUCAGAAUCUUGGUUCAACAGUUUGAAGUACAGCUUCAGCAGUAUAGACAACAGAUCGAAGAACUUGAAAACCAUCUGGCCACUCAAGCAAAUAACUCACAUAUAACACCUCAAGAUUUGUCAAUGGCUAUGCAGAAAAUUUAUCAAACCUUUGUAGCUUUAGCUGCACAACUGCAGUCUAUUCAUGAAAAUGUGAAGGUGCUCAAAGAACAGUACCUUGGCUACAGGAAAAUGUUUCUGGGAGAUGCUGUAGAUGUGUUUGAAGCCAGGCGAGCGGAAGCAAAGAAGUGGCAGAAUGCACCCAGAGUCACUACUGGUCCCACCCCUUUCAGCAACAUGCCAAAUGCAGCAGCCGUUGCCAUGGCUGCGACACUUACACAGCAGCAGCAGCCUGCUCCAGGGCCACAGCCAUCUCUGGGAGUUAGUUUUGGAACGCCUUUCGGCUCAGGUAUUGGCACUGGCUUGCAGUCAAGUGGCUUAGGUUCUUCGAACCUUGGAGGAUUUGGAACUAGCUCUGGUUUUGGAUCCAGCACCACAGGGGCCUCAACAUUUGGAUUUGGAACAACAAAUAAGUCCUCAGGAAGUCUUAGUGCAGGCUUUGGCAGCUCAAGUACAUCUGGGUUUAACUUCAGCAAUCCUGGCAUCACGGCAUCUGCUGGUUUGACAUUUGGGGUGUCCAAUCCUGCCUCUGCAGGUUUUGGAACAGGAGGACAGCUCCUUCAAUUGAAGAAACCUCCAGCUGGAAACAAAAGAGGAAAAAGAUAGACAUAUGGGUUGAUGUUGAGAAAUCUGUAGUGCAUCGUCAUUCUGAAUCUAUUUUUCUAAAAGCGAUGCAGUGGUUAAAUUGCAUCCCAGGAGAUUUACAAGGUUUUGAUAUUUUUCUCCUACUUUGGAAUUUGAACUUUAUUGUUUGCCAUGCUAAACAUCUUUUUGUGUGUGUGUGAAUUUAAAACCCAGUUGUGUACUUGUUAUUUUGAUUCUCAGUGUAAGAAAUGUUACAUUACUGAUUGGUAAAACUGUUCAAUCUAGUGUUAAUAAUUGUUUUUGUUGAUGACGUUUACAUUCAGUGAAUAUAUGCACAUGUUUCAUAUACUGAUGGUGUGAACUCUAGGGCCUAUACUAGAAGGAGUUUUUUUCUUGUAAAGGCCUUUUGAACUACACUGCAGGGCAUCUUGUGAAUAUGUAUGUAAAUCUAUAAAAUGUUCUGCACACAGUUGUGUGCUUAUAGAAUAUAUAUUUGCAGAUCUACAACUUUUGCCUCAAGACUGUUUCCCUUUUCUAAGGCUUUUCCAUUUUUCACCUUUUGAGCUUCAAAUUCUCAGUGCUUGUAGAGUAAUAAGCUAGAGGUACCAAGUCGUUGCAGUUCUUUUGCUGCUAGUGUAAAUAUUUGACCAACUGAACUUCGUUGCCACUGGGUUUUCCCUUAAUCUUAUUUCACCUUAAUGUUUGCAACUGCUUUGAAUAAGAAAUGCUGCAAACUCAAUAGAUUUAUAACAACUUUUUAUUGUCCUGUAUAUCCUCAUACUGCCUAUAUGAGGUGUUUUUGCAUAUUUGAGAUGGACCUUUAAGAGCAUAUUUGAACUCCAGACUGAUGUUCCGGAGGCAAAGAGCUAUUAAGCCAAAUUGAUUCUAUGCAGGUAAAGGAUGCACUAUUAAUUCAGUGGAAACUUUUCUAGCUAUUCCAAUACCGAGUUCUUUCUUAUAGGGCUAUUAAUAGUGACACCAAAAGGAAUGGCUUAUUAGCCUCUUUAAUGUCUAAGUAAGUGCUUAAUUUGGAAUAGAGAAACAAUAUAUUUUAAGAAAAAAAGUAUUCUUUGUAGCAACUAUAAACUCCCAUUUUCACACUGAACAGAGCUCCAGGUAAUAAUACAUAGGCAUGCCAGAUUGUAUCUGUGGUAUUUGUCUGUAUUACUGUUAGUGACGUAGAGUGGGUGGAAGAGUGAGCCCUUGGACAGAGAACUGCCUUAGCCAUGGUUUUGAACAGAAACUAUUAGGUAGACCUAAUUAUCUUUCAAGCACAGUGUUCAGAUGUGAUUAUGAACAUGAAGUUUCAUUGAAAAUAAUUAAAACUUUUAUAAGAAAGAUUUUGUACAUGAUGUGCAUCGAGUGAAUAUUUUUGGCCAUUUUCACCAAGGCACCUUUUCUUCUAAAAUAGGCAUUGCAUAUAUGUGGGUAUAUAUGCACGCCUUAUAUGUACACAUGCAUAUGUUAGUGUGCUGUUAGUUGGGCUUGAUUAUAAAAGUAUUGUCAAAUUCUUUCACUUACUAUGAUUGGAUUCUUGGAUUUGAAAUUUUUGCACCUUGAUGCAUUAACAUAAGGAAAAUGCUUUGUUUCUGAGCACUAACCUUUUUUUAUAUUUGCGUACUUCUAUACUGUAAUCCCCACAUGCAGAUUUUGGGGGAGGAUAGGUAAAUGUGUGAUUUUUGUUGCGUGUGUGUUUACAUGUUUUCUAAUUAUUGCCAGAAAUAAAUACUCAAUUACCACGGACACUUUUUUAAAAAGGUAAUUGCUCUGUGCUGCAAAAAUAUGAGUAUUUUUAUUUUUGUUCUUUACAUAUUUUACAUUCACUGUGUUAAACCACUGGAAGUCUGUAACAGAUCAGUUUGUGAUAGGAGUUUAAAUGUUGUCAUUGUCUCCGUUGUCAUCACUUUGUCCAGGGCAUGUCAUUAUGUAAACAAUAAAACUUACUGUGUCCGUUGCA